UCUCUCCCCGCAGUGCUUGCUCAUCUCCAUUCCAUACACAGUAGCUCUCUCUUUAUUCCAUUCCAUUCCAAAAAUAAAAAAACAAAAAGAAUAAUCCCUAAAUUUUUGGAGAAAAAAAUCAAAUAUUCAUGCACAAAAAAGGAAGGUUCUACUCAUUUAUAAAUAUAUAUACGUAUGCACGUUUCCCUCUUGGAGAAAAGCGGCACCAUAGUUGAAAGUAAAGUCCAGAGCUUUUUGACUUCAUCCACAUCCACUGUUUGGCGUUCUCUGUCUCAAAGUGACUCUUGAGUCUGAAGCAGAAUGGGAGCCCGUCGAAACGGCGACGUUGCGUUCUCUCCCUUUUGCACUUUCUCAUCCUCUAACACCACCAGACUCGGCAAACACGUUCACGAUAACGUUCAUGGCAACAUUUACCUUGAUCCUCUCAUUUUGAAGUUUAUUGAUACUGAGCAUUUCCAAAGGCUUAGGGACCUCAAACAACUUGGCAUGACACACAUGGUUUAUCCUGGGGCUAUGCAUUCCCGGUUUGAACACUCUCUUGGGGUGUAUUGGCUUGCUGGGGAAUCUGUUCAGAAGCUGAAAAAUUAUCAGGGUUUGGAGCUUGGUAUUGACAAUUUUGAUGUUCAAACGGUGAAGCUUGCUGGACUUCUCCAUGAUGUGGGUCAUGGACCUUUCAGUCACUUGUUCGAACGUGAUUUUCUUCCUCAAGUUGAUAGUGGUUGUACUUGGUCUCAUGAACAAAUGUCUGUGAAGAUGAUUGACUACAUUGUUGAUGAGCAUUGUAUUGAUGUUGACCAUGAAAUGAUCAAAAGAGUGAAGGAGAUGAUACUAGCUAGCUCUGAAUUUAAACUUCCCCAAGGGACAAGAGAAAAGAACUUUUUGUAUGAUAUUGUUGCUAAUGGCCGUAAUGGAAUUGAUGUUGACAAGUUUGAUUAUAUCGUUCGUGACUCACGGGCCUGUGCUCUGGGAUGCAAUUUCGAGUUUCAAAGGUUAAUGGAGACUAUGCGUGUUUUGGAUGAUGAGAUAUGCUAUCGUGCCAAGGACUACCUUACUGUCCACAAAUUAUUUGCCACUCGAGCUGAUCUUUACCGAACAGUAUAUACACAUCCAAAAGUAAAGGCUAUGGAGCUUAUGGUAGCGGAUGUCUUAGUGAAAGCAAAUGAUUAUCUGAAUAUUUCUUCCCUCAUUAACGAACCCUCAGAAUAUUGGAAGUUAGAUGACACGAUAAUUAAAACCAUUGAGAUUGCUCCUCAGCAAGAAUUGAAAGAAUCUAGAGAUUUAGUCCAACGCAUACGAAGGCGAAAUCUGUACCAGUUCUGCAACGAGUAUGCUGUGCCGAAGGACAAGCUAGACAACUACAAAAAUGUCACUGCACAAGAUAUUAUUUGUUCUCAGAUAAAUGGUGGAGUCAUACUUCGGGAGGAGGAUCUUGUCGUUUGCAAUAUUAAGAUUGAUUUGACUCGUGGAAGGCACAAUCCUUUUGAAAACAUCCAUUUUUUCCAGGACUAUGAAAGUGAGGAGAAAUUAUCUAUAGCUAAUGAGCGUAUUAGUCACUUGCUGCCCACAUCUUACCAAGAUCUGAUAGUGAGGGUGUAUGCCAAAAAGCCUGAACUGGUGGGAGCUAUCUCGGAUGCUUUUGAAAAUUUCCAAUUAAGAACAUAUGGAAUCAAAACGCAAGUGCAUGCGACUCCAGAGAAGAAGAAACGGCGCGCAUGAGGAUGCUUAGAAAAGUACAUAAAAAAAGAAAGACCAUAAGCUAUGCUACACCACAAAUUAAUUGAGCCAAAACACCUUGGACCACACAGAGGCGUAUGAUAUUUUCUCAACUGGGAUUAUCCCAAAUUUUUGUAUAGACCUGUGAUUUUGUGAACUUUACAGUUUUACUAUAAUAUUGUUUUUAAAAAAGCUUUGCUUCUGACUUUCUUCUGUGUAAGUGUUAUGUUCUGAGGCUGAUAGUUGGGUUACUUGGUCACUUCCUCUUCCUGUAUGCUUCUACAAUGCUUUGUAAAGUUGGAUAAUUAUGUUAUUGUCGGCUGCCAGCUUCAAUGGAUAAUGCAUUAAACACCCUUUUAAACUUUUUAAGUAUAGAUAGAUUUUUUUCCUUCUA